CAAUCCCAGGGCGAGUGUGCAGCGAAGACCGACCCAGCCAGCGCAGCGCAUCGCGUAGGACCGCGGAGGAGGGGCAGGGAGCAGGCUCGGAUCGCUCCAGCACCAUGGACCGCCCGAAGAUAACAGGAUCCCUUAUCUAUGCUGUUUGCAUUGCUGCAAUUGGAUCGCUCCAGUUUGGCUACAACACUGGAGUCAUCAAUGCUCCUGAGAAGAUUAUUCAGGAGUUCUUCAACCAGACGUUGUCAGUUCGGAGAGGGACCCCCACCUCUGAUGAGCUCCUCACCUCACUAUGGUCCCUUUCUGUGGCCAUCUUCUCUGUAGGAGGAAUGAUCGGCUCCUUCUCCGUUGGCCUUUUCGUCAACCGAUUCGGCAGGAGGAACUCCAUGCUGGGAGUGAACAUCUUGGCCCUGGUGGGAGGAAUCCUCAUGGGCUUCUCCAGGCUGGCAGGUGCAGUGGAGAUGCUAAUCAUAGGCCGCUUCAUCAUUGGCAUCUUCUGUGGGCUCUGCACUGGCUUUGUGCCCAUGUAUAUCAGCGAAGUCUCACCCACUGCCUUGCGUGGUGCCUUUGGCACCCUGAACCAGCUGGGUAUUGUGGUGGGCAUCCUGGUGGCACAGAUCUUUGGCUUGAACCAGAUCAUGGGGACCAAAACACUCUGGCCACUGCUUUUGGGGUUCACCAUCAUCCCAGCCAUCUUGCAGUGUGUGGCUCUGCUUUUCUGCCCAGAGAAACUUCAGGCCUCUUUACUGCAGCCAGGUGAACCAAUGAGGCCCCAGCUAUUAUAUUUUGGUUUUCUCCCCCAAGUUCUCCAGAAGCUCCGUGGCACAGUGGAUGUGAGCCAAGACAUCCAAGAGAUGAAGGAUGAAAGUGCCAAGAUGUCUCAGGAAAAGAAGGUGACAGUGCCAGAGCUCUUCCGGUCUCCAAGCUACCGCCAGGCCAUCAUUGUUGCCAUUGUGCUUCAGCUCUCCCAGCAGCUCUCAGGCAUCAAUGCUGUGUUUUAUUAUUCCACCGGGAUUUUUGAAAAAGCUGGUAUCACCCAGCCAGUUUAUGCCACCAUUGGUGCCGGGAUUGUGAACACAGUCUUCACUGUUGUAUCGCUGUUCCUGGUUGAGCGUGCAGGGCGCAGGACCCUCCAUCUAGUUGGCUUGGGUGGCAUGGCUGUUUGCGCAGCCAUCAUGACCAUUGCUUUGGCACUGAAGGACAUCGUGACCUGGAUUAGGUACAUCAGCAUUGUGGCUACCUUUGGCUUUGUGGCUCUUUUUGAAAUUGGCCCUGGCCCCAUCCCCUGGUUUAUUGUGGCUGAACUCUUCAGUCAGGGCCCACGCCCAGCAGCCAUGGCAGUGGCUGGUUGCUCCAACUGGACCUCCAAUUUCCUGGUGGGGAUGCUCUUCCCUUAUGCUGAGAAACUGUGCGGUCCCUAUGUCUUCCUCAUCUUCCUUGUUUUCCUGGUUAUCUUCUUUGUCUUCACAUUCUUCAAAGUCCCAGAGACCAAGGGCAGGACUUUUGAAGACAUCUCCAGGGGCUUUGAAGGGCGGCCAGAAGAAGUUAGACCCACAUCACCUGUGGAAAAAAGCCCCAUGGUGGAACUGAACAGCAUACAGCCUGCUAAGGAAGUUUUCUAAGAUAUUUCACACACCAUUCCUUGACCCAUUUUUCAUCCUUAAAGGGAUAGGCAGAGAGUCCUUAAAGGAAUGGGCCGAUGAAUACAUCAGGAGAAUAUCUGGGACAAUUUUUUAACUGCUGCUAUUUUAUUCUCCCCUCCCCACUCCCACCAACCCUGUUUCUGCCAAACCUUGCAACUGGCUAGCAAGUCCCAUGUGGGGAAGGUCUCACCCGCUUUCAACACUGGAAGGUACCAGGCGCUACAGCAAAAAUAACCUCAUCUUCACCUGCCUUGCAUCUAAGGAGACCAGAGAACAGAAGGCAAUAUUUUUGCCUCUCUCACCUUUAAUUGCUACUAGGAAUUAACCUAUUUAUGCACAUAGCAACCACUUAAUUUUUGGAACUAAUUAUUUUUGUAUAGUGAGGUAAAACAACCAAACAAGUCCCCUGUUCCUUCCCACUUCUAUUCCACUGUGUGUAUACAUGUGCAUGGUGUUACACUGGAACUUAACAAACUUACCAAAAUGCAAAAAGCCAUCACAUUGUAUUGUUUGUCCAGUGAACACUACCCUCAGCCUCAGGAAAAGGGGACCAAGUUAUGAGAGUAUUUUUUUUUCUUUACUUUUUGUACAGAUUGUCUGAGAUAUAAUAUGACCUGAAUUUUAUUUAUUUGUGUGUCACUUUGUUUGUAAAUAUUUAUUUUUUUAACGUAAAGAUGACAAAGUGGAAGAUGUUUCAGAUAAAUAAGAUAACUGCAAAAUGAUGCUAUCAACUUUAAGUGCAAUAAAACUGUAAUGAGGGAAUAUGGUACCAAACAGGAUGCAUGAAAGGAACCUGAUUAUGCAUGUUACUUUUAAAAGUAAUUUCUGUCCUCCAAACAGAAAUACAAAGACUUGAGUACUCGUGAGAUUGAGCAUGUGGCUGUGUUGGUGUGUGUUUUCUGUAUCCACCAAAGUUCUUAUGUCCUUUGGAACUUUUUUGGUGGCUGCAUUUAAUUGUUGUCAUAAGUAUUACUUGAAAAUUGUGGCAUUGCAGCAAAAGGGCAUUGUUACUUGAUGCUAUUUUCAGUCACUGGUAGCUGUUGUGGAGGAAGAGUGAGGAUGGUGGUGAUUUUAAGGCAGAAGAUGGCUCUUCUUACCUUCUCUAUUUUUCUUUUCUAACUGUACAGAACGCCUGAAAGAGAUAGAUGGUAAUUUAAAGAGAUGUGAGGACAAAAAACCCCAUAUUUUCCCAAACUGUAUUUUCUUAUAAAUUUUUCUUACAAAAUGUAGAGAAAGGCACAAAGCAUAAGCCUUCUGAAUGCCAGGAGUAGUCCUUUGAGAUGUGUUGGUAGGUGUCCAUUAGGAUGCAAAUGUAGGAACAGAAACCAAAGCUACUGAAACUUGAUAGGCAGAAUGAAAAUUGUAGUUGUCCUUAGUUCAUUAGCUGUAGGGUACAUUUUUCCGGGCCAACCAUUCUAGAGGAUCCAUGGAAUACUGUAAUGUACUGGCUCGGUGUGUGUGUUUGUGUACUACUGCCCUUUAUUAGAUGAGGAAUGCCAGACACUCGCUAUUUAUUAGUUAAUUAUGGUCUCUUCCCUUGCCUCCUAGUUGUCAGAGGAUUUAAAAGAUACUAUAAGCUUUAUCCCUGCUGAAAAAUAAUACUUUAGUUUAGUAGGGCAAAACAGAGAGCAUACAAUGUGUUUGAAACGGAGGGCAGAAAUCUUGGUUUCACAAAUGGGAGUGCUCAGUCGGGAAUGGGGAGGAGAUCCAAUAUGGUCAGGUCUAUCUAUACUCCGUCAAUACUCCGCCAACAUCAGCAUAGGGACAGAUGUAAAUCCAAACUCCGGAUACCGAUACCUCUGCAGUUGUUGGAUGGAAACAAGCUUUUGACCUGAAACUAGUGGCUUGGCUCCAACCCUGUACCAAAACUUGAACCACGUAGCCUGACUUCAUAUAACUGGCACAAGGGGAGUCCUCAGAGUUAAUAUACCUGGCAACACAUGUCUGGCUCAGGGAAAAAGGCUACCCAAGUCAUGGUGGAGAGCACACCUCAGUUUUCCCCAGAACACUCAAAGGGACGAUCAAAACAGGCCCUUACAAUGAAUCCUCCAGGGUUUUUUUUCUAGUUUGAGUCUUGUAUGACUCAAGCAAUGGAGCCUUCGCCAUUUCCCACAUGACAAAAUUGCAAAAUCCAGUAAAUUUUUCUCUGCUGAGAAAUAUUUCCUGUCUUUAGCCUGAAAAAAUUCUCUUUGCUCAAUUAAUUAAUGUUACUUCUGGUUUUCCCUCCCUUCCCUUUAGACUUCCUCUUCUACUUUAGUAAUUACGUCUUCGGGUUAUUGCACGCAGUUAUAUCUCCCCUCUUUCAUAUUUUGACUUAAUUAUGCUCAUCCCUCCAAACUCCAACCAUUUGUGGAAGAGAAGUCUAUAGAGAUGUAUGUCUGUAUCCGAAGAAAGGAAAUUUCCCUGAAGUUGAACACCAGAGCAUUCCAUCCCAAGUGUAAGGGUAUCUUUGUGUUGCCUUGGACCGAAGUGUAUAAGUCUUUCUUAAUCUGAGUCUUUCUUUUUCUCAGUGUCUGCAUUGUGAAUAUUUUCAAUGGGUUUUAUAUGCUUAUUAUUAAUAUGUAAUUGUGUUACAUGUUUUUAAAAUAAAAACUCAUGGAUAAAA